GCCAAAAUAUACGUUGUUUUCUCAUAAAGUCUUCAAAACUCGUCUGUCACUAGCGUUGAAUUUGAACUUCAACUGUUCUUUUUUUAUUCUUUUUUUCUUCCAUUCGUCAGGUCAUCAACAGAGUGUGUAUAGAAUAACGAAUAUUAUAUACAAGAUGAUUGGCGGUCACUUCAAAAAAUAAAUUUAAAACUUUUGUGUGUAAGUAUAGCGAUAGGAGAAGACUUAGAUUUAAGUGAAUUUAAUAAUAAUAUUAGUUUGAAGACAAAGGGUCCUUUGAGGAAGCAUUAGUACUAUAACAAACCUUCAAUAACUGUUCAAGAGUCCACCCAAAAAAGCUUUCAAAUAAGCAAAUGGAGAAAAAAAUUGAUAACUCCAUCUCAGGAGCUACUGUAGCUAGAGAAGGCCAUAAUCAUGAUGAAGAAGAUAUCAGAAAAGCCUUAAAGGAUGAUGAAUAUAAGUCAGCCAUAGCAGAAGUGAAUGAAGUCAAACUAGAAAACGCAAGAUUAAAGAUGUUGCUUCAGCAAAUAGAGAAGGAUUACAAUUCUCUCCAAACUCUCUUCUUCAAUAUUUGUCAACCAGAUUCGAAGAAGAGUGUCAGCCCAACAUGUACUCCCGAAAACAUUGCAGAUGAAGAAGAAUCUGAACUGGUCUCACUUAGAUUGGGGCGUAGUCCGAGUCCAAAUGAGGCCAAGAAAGUUGAUAAGAAAAGAAGCUACGACAAGACGAGAGAGGAAUAUCAUUCUUGUAAUCAGUCCAAUGAUGGGCUUAAACUUGGGCUGGACUACACUAGUGGAAUAUCUGAAUCAGAUAUUAUAAAGCCCAAUAUGGAUCCAAGCCCUGUUAAGGUAGUAGGCCCAACUAGUGAAGUUGUCAAGACAAUGAGAAGUGAUGAUGGAAGUGUCAAAAGAGCUGGUGAUGAUGAAGCUUCCCAACCUAAUGUCAAGAGAGCUCGAGUAUCAGUUCGGACAAAAUGCGACUACCCAACAAUAAACGACGGUUGUCAAUGGAGGAAAUAUGGACAAAAGAUAUCUAGAGGUAACCCGUGUCCACGAUCAUAUUAUCGGUGCUCAGUCGCUCCAUUAUGCCCGGUGAGAAAACAAGUCCAACGAUGUCUCGAAGACAUGUCCGUUUUGAUCACAACUUAUGAAGGAACACAUAAUCAUUCACUUCCAAUUGAGGCAACUGCCAUGGCCUCUACCACUUCUGCUGCAGCUUCUAUGCUUCUUUCUGGCUCAUCAUCAAGUUCUCAAUCAGCAAAAGAUAUCAGAAAUUUGCCUAAUAUUUCGAAAACAACGCCUCUCUACUUAUCCAAUUCGUCUUCGAAUCCAUUUCCCACCAUCACGUUAGACUUCACCACAUUCCCAACCACUUCAUCAUUCACUAGUUUCAACUUUCCUUCCAAUUUCCAAUCCGGCUCGGGAUUUCUUUCAAACAGCUUGAACUUUUCCUCGCCCGAGUCGGCCACAAUACCCGAAAUUUUAGGCAGUGGGGGUCUAAAUUAUGAUUCUACUAGUACAUUACCGUAUCACAAGAACCUUUUAAACACUGGCUCAACCCAAAAACAAUUUGACCAAACAUUUAUUGGAAAGGAUAAUAAUAACACUAGUUGUAAUAAAUUGAAGGAGGAUUCUUCUCAGCAGGCACUAACUGAAACGUUGACAAAGGCAAUUACCUCAGAUCCUAGCUUUCAAUCAGUGCUAGCUGCUGCUAUUUCAUCAAUGGUUGGUGCCGCCAAAACCUGAAUUGAAGAUUUGAUGAGAAAAUUCAGUUUAGUGAAGUAGACAUAUUUUAAUUAGACAUUUUUUUGUCCUUUGAUAAAGUUUGCUACAUAUAUACCCAAAUGUAAACUCUUUGACCAUUUUUUUUUUUCCUUAAUCACAAUGACUUUUAAUCUUA